AUGAAAAUUUUAUCUUUUACGUUCAUAAUUUUCUUGGGGUUUACUUAUUAAGUGAAAUAUGAGAAUAUAUGCAGUGAUUGCAGUUAGCUAAAAUCACAAAGAGAUUGCGAAUAACAAUAAAGUGUAAAUGGAACUUGCGAGUGGAUAAUUACUUAGGGAAAUACAGCAGCAAAAUGCUAACUUGUAAAUAAAGUGGUAAUUUAAAAAUACACACCAUAUUGUGAGCUUGUAGAUAAGCCAGAAAUAAACUGUGCUAAAACCUUAGGAUGUGCUUAUGUUGAAUCAAAAUGCACGCACUUUACAGGAUGUCCAGCAUAUGUUAAAACUAAAACAACAGAUUGCUAAGCUAUAUCCAAUAUUUGUGUUAGUGAUGGAAAUGCAUGUAUUGAAGCUAAGGAGUGUAAGGCUUACACAUAAUAAUAAUGUGAAUCUAUUCCAAGUAUCUCAGGUAAUUUGAAAUGUAAAUGGGAUAGAACUGCUGGAAAUUGCAGAGAUUAUACGUGUGCAGAAGCAAAUGCUGUCUUUAAUACAGAUGAAAAAUGUUCAAGCUGGUUGGCUGGUUGCGUGACAAAUGGUUAAGGUUGCGUUAAUGCUCCAAGACCUGCAUGUUCUACUUACACAGGAAAUGAUACUGCUUGUUCAUCAUUGAUUGGAUCAGAUGGAUAUUGUGAAUUGGCAACCGGUACAACUAAAUGCAAAGCUAAAGAAUGUAUAAAUGCUCCCAAAUCAUUAACUACUGAUAAUGACUGUUAGAUCUAUUAAAAAGGAUGUAUCACAACAGGAAAGGGUUGUAUUUUUGCAACAGCAAAACCAUUAUGUUCAACCUAUUCUGGUGAUAACACCACUUGUGUUGGAUAUAUUGGAUCAGAUGGAGUUUGUGAAGGUGACACAGGAGGUACCAAAUGCAGACUCAGAAAAUGCGAAACUUGGGAAUAUAAUACUGAUGAACUUUGUAAAUAAAACCAAAGUAAUUGUAUUACAAACGGAAAAACAUGCGUUUCAGCAUUAUAAGCUUGUGAUACAUAUAAAGGAACUGCUAUCACUUGUGCAGUAUAUAUUGGCACAGAUGGAUAUUGUAAAGGAACAAGUGAAACUAAUGAAGCAUCAUGCUAACCAAAGGUUUGUGACGAAGCUCCAGAUACAACUACAACAGAUGAAGAUUGUGGCAAAUAGUAAGUUGGAUGUGUUACUACAGGAAAAGGUUGUGUUACAAAGGCUAAUUUGAAAUCUUGUACUGCAUAUGAUGGAGAUGCAACUAGUUGCUAAUUUAGAGUAGGAACUGAAGGAAAAUGUACAUGGAAGAGUGGAACCACAUGUGUCGCUAGAGAUUGUGCUUCUGCAGCAAGUAAUGUAAAUACUAACCCACUUUGUGCUAAUUAUUUCACUAAUUGUGUCACAACUGGAUCUGGAUGUGUUUCAUAAACUACAUGUGAUUUAACUGUUAAAUAAUAAAGUUGUGAAGGUACAAAUAAUUGUUCAUGGUAACCAAUAUGUACUAGUAAUACAUAAUGCAGUGAUUUUUAGAAAAAAUCAAUUUGUUUAGCAAAUUCAGCUAGAAUUAAAAAAUUCGAUAAAAAUGAUGAAAAUGGAAAUCCAACCAACAAAAUGUGGUUGGUUGAAUAAUGCUUGCAAAGAAUUGGCUUGUUCAGAUUUAACCGGAGCUUUUUACAACACUGA